AUGCAGCCGCUCUUCGCACGCACGCAGCUCAUGAUGCCGGACGCAUUCGUGUACAUCCUAGACGGCAUGCGGCCAACGCGCGAGGCCUUGGGCCACGACGCGGACGACGUCGUGGCGGCGAAGUGGUUUGGCUCACACGGGAUCUUGCUUGCGGACUUCAAGGCGGCGCGGAGGGAGCUGCAGAACCUCAUCAGUGACCCCGUGAAGCACGGGUGGGAGUACCUGUGCGCGAACGCUGGCAAGCUUGCGUGCGAUGCGGACAGGCCUGGGGUUUCCAUCAUGGAGAACUUCGGCCAGCUUCUGAUCUUGGAAGCGACUGGGGACAGGAGCCCGAACGGUACUGGAACUACUUCCAAGGCAGGGGCAUCCUCAGUGCUCACGCAUGAGAACUUCUCCGAUGACCUCGACACAACCUCGCUUGGCCUCGUCACCAUGAAGCCUCCAAAGGAGCACGUUCACUCCAUCAUGGACGAGAUGCUCACCCUCCUCAGCGACGACGGCCUCCCCUACACCUACUUCGACCGCGAGUGCCCGCGCCUCGACCCUGUCGUGGCCGUAAACGUCCUCCACCUCUUCUACACCCACGGCCGCGGGUGCGAGCUCCCCGGCAUGCUCGCCUCCGUGCACCGCAUGCUCCUCCACCGCGAAUGGUGGGUGCCCAAUGGACGAGAGUGCGGCCAUCGUGACACGCUCGACAACUUCACCGAGCUCCACGUCAUGGACGCCUCCGGCCACAAGCACGACCUCGACCGCACCGUGCGCGUGGAGUUCUUCAAGGGGGUCGAGAGGAUGGUGAUGCUCUGCCGGUGGGCCGGGUGCGAGCUGAACGAAAAGGACAGGUUCAUCGACAAGGACAACUUCCUGCGCCACGUCAAGGACACGCGCCCGCAGGACGGAGCUACCUCGAGUCCUACUUCUGCAACCAUUCUGUGGCGCAAGAUCCCUGCACAACUCACGGAUUACAAUCCGCCCCAAUUCUGCACAAGCGGCGCCAAUCCCACGCAAUGCUACGCCGCGCGCGCGCAGUCUGAGCAUGGGAUUGUUUAG